AUGACCUGUCCUUAAGGUGUUAUGGUUAAGGAUAAAUAAGCAGAACAUGAAUUCAAUAAAUUACUUGAAUUCAAUGUGAUAGAAUAUUUUGAUUUUGUUUAAACCAAUAAAGAUUUGGCAGUUACCAACUUAAAGGCUUAAUAAGAAAACAAACAGGUUCGAAUUGCAUAAUAGAAUUUGUUCUCUGAUAAUUUCAUUCCUAAGAAAAAACUAAAUUUCAUUGAUUAAGAAGAAAUUAAAUAAAUUGAAUAAGCACAAUAGAUAGCGGAAUAAGCAGAGAAGCUUUUAAAAAAAACCUAUGAUAAAAGAAAAUCAACUUAAAAAUAGUCUAGAAUAGCACUUUUAAAUUUCAUGCAGGAUAAAGUGCAUAAAUCCUAGAAAUAAGAUACUAUAAUACCAAUGUCUUAUGAUUAAUCAUUAGAUUAGGCUCGUAAUUCAAUUAAAAAAGUAUUAUCAUUGAAUGAGAAACAAAAGCAGAAAUUUGAGGAAGAAGAUCAAGAAUUGAGAGAAGUAUAUAUUUCAAAAAAUAAUCAUUAGACUGAAUUGCCUUACAAAUUCAAGAGAUCUUUAUCUGGAAGCUCAAAAAAGAAAGUACAAUCUAGGAGUAUUUUGAUCAAGAAAGAAUUUGGCCAUUUAUGUUCAUCAACAAAAAAUAUCAGGGAAAAGGAUUUUGGAUCUUCAAAUAAUACUGAAACAAAGAUUAGAGGGAUCUCAUUAGAUAGGAUUAAAUGA